AUGGUGUGGGAGCUCCCGCCCCGGCGGUCCUGGGUAGCUAGCACGCCGGCGCCCAAGGCGCCGGCCUACUACGUGGCGCCAGCGCCCCCCUGGGUGCCCGCAGGGAGUCGGCCACUCAGCCGACCCAGCUCCGCUCGCUCCAAGUCGCGGCCGCAGAGCGCAUGCAGCUCCCGCCCACCCAGCGCGGGCUACGCCGCGCGCAGCGCCUUCUCCGAAAUGCGCCCUUCCAGCCCCGCCCGCCCGCGCCCACCGCCGCGGCCGUCCAGCGCCCCGCAGCUGAAAGCGCACGGCCGCAAGUACCGGCCGCACUUCGCCGCCAGUUGGCCUGGGCUUUGCUGCAUGUCUGCCGCUGGCUCAGUCCUGUGCCGCUGGCUCCGGCGGGAAGUGCUUCCAGACACCGGCUUGCUAGGCACCAGCUGA